AUGAAGCGAAAAGAGAAAGAAGAGAAAGAGAAGAAAGAAAAGGAAGAGAAAGAGAAGAAAGAAAAAGACAAGAUAGAGAAAGUGAAGAAAGAGCUUGAGAAAAAGAAGAAAGAGGAAGAAGAGAGGAAAGCUUUGGAAGAGAAGGAACGGAAAGAGAAGGAAGAAAAAGAGAAGAAAGAGAAAGAAGAGAAAGAGAAGAAAGAAAAAGACAAGAAAGAGAAAGAGAAGAAAGAGCUUGAGAAAAAGAAGCAAGAGGAAGAAGAGAGGAAAGCUUUGGAAGAGAAGGAACGAAAAGAGAAGAAGCGAAAAGAGAAAGAAGAGAAAGAGAAGAAAGAAAAGGAAGAGAAAGAGAAGAAAGACAAAGACAAGAAAGAGAAAGAGAAGAAAGAGCUUGAGAAAAAGAAGAAAGAGGAAGAAGAGAGGAAAGCUUUGGAAGAGACGGUACGGAAAGAGAAAGAAAAGGAAGAUAUGGAAGGGAAGACAAGAAAAAGAAGGGAAGAGGAGAAAAUCUUGGAGGAGCAAAAAAAGAAAAAGGAGACUGAUAAGGCUGAAGGUGAUAAACAUGAGGCAUCAUAUAAGAAGAGGAAGUUGUCCAAGAAGAAGGAUCGGCAAGAGGGGGAGAAACCCCGGGUGGACGAAGAUAUAGUAGGGUAUCAAAGGGAACCUCAAGGGAGUGUUGCUGAGGACGCUGAAGCCAAAGAAGCACUCAGCGAGACGUCAGAUGCUGAUAUGUCUCAGGCUAUCUUAGAGGACGUAAAACAUGCUUCCAAGAGGGGCAAACAUGGACGACUAUCGACAGCUGGGUAUGAAGAUGGUAACAGGGCCGCGCUAAAGAAGACAUCAGUCAUCGAAAAAAGUGAUGUAGAUCCGGGCCAGAAGGUAACUACAAAGAGAGCUCAGAAGAAAACGGCGGCAAUGAAAGAAAGUAAAUCCCUAGGGGAUGGCAGCGAUACCUCAUCUUCCGAUGAUAAGUCUUCUGCAUCCCAAUUGUCGCGGAAAGAGGACGUAGAAGGUGAAUCUGUUCAUCCCGGUUCGUUGCGAUCAUUGUCGAAAAGGGCAUCGAUGAGCAAGGAUACGACAGAGGCACUUACCAAAUCGGAGAGGGGCGAAAAAUUGGCUACUGUGGAUAUCGCAGGGAGGAGCUUCGAGCAGGUGCCGUUCUCCCCCACGGACACCUCCAUCUUGGCCAACGAAGGCUCUCCUCAGGUGAGAAGGAUUGUUUCUCUCUCAACUUCAAAGAUCUAA